AUGUCUCCCACUAUUCCUUCGAACCCAGCUUCCCUUGGUGCUCCUCAUCAACAGGGCUACAACCCUUCUUCGUAUCCUGGCGACGCCGCUCCGUCGUUCACCACCGGCACCACAGGAGCCGAUGCAGCUGAUGGAAUUCAGUCUAACCAUGCAGAAGGCGCUCAACCAACCCACCCAACAUUUCUCGACACCAAUACUCCAGGCCUUCACAACGCUAUGCCAAGCGGUGCCAUUACUCCUAAUACAGUGGAUGUGCCCUAUCAUAUCCCAAAACACUCUGAGUCUCGGAAGCUUAAACACUUUUAUGCUAACCGUGCCGAACCAAUCUACGACCAGACCGAAAAACUAGCUACUCAGGUUGCCGAGCUUCAACGUCAACAAAACAAACUCUUCGGUCCCUCCGGUGCCGAUUUCGAACCCGGUAUCCAUCGUCUUCGUUUCAACAAGAAUGCUAAUCCUGGUCCCUUUGGUCUCUUUUCUUUCGCAUUCACUACCUUUCUUCUUUCCCUCAUCAACCUUGGUGCCGGCCAUGUCAAAAACUCCCGUAUCAUCGUAGCUCCGGCCAUGUUUUAUGGUGGUCUUGCUCAAAUUCUUGUCUCCAUGUGGGAAAUGGCUUCUGGAAACACUUUCGGUGGUGCUGUCUUUGGUAGUUAUGGUUGUUUCUGGCUUUCGUACGGUUCAAUCUUUAUCCCAUGGUUCCAUAUCGCAAACUCAUAUACGGAUCUCGAUGAAUUUAAUUACGCUGUUGGCCUCUUUCUAAUAUGUUGGUUCUUGUUUUCCUCACUCAUCACGAUAUGUACCAUACGUUCUACGCUCGCUUUCUUUUGCUUGUUUGCUACCCUUGAUAUAACCUUCCUCCUACUGGCCGCCGGCUACUUCAAAACGAAUGGCGGCGCUCCCGAUACACCUUUGAUCCGCGUCGGUGGUGGCUUUGGUAUUGCCUGUGCUGCAUUUGCCUUUUAUAAUGCUCUUGCUGGUAUUGCUACCAUAGAAAACUCCUUCUUCAACGUGCCUCGUGCCGUCUUCCCUUGGAGUUUGGAGGGUCUUGGUCCCAAUGAAGCCAACCGCAGACGUAUGUAUGAUGAUGAUGAUAGUGAUAAGAUGGCUUAA